AUGAACGCGAUUCAGAAAAGAUGCCGGCCAAAGCAUCAGGUGUUGGUCCUGAAAUGUUAUCCACGGACGACUAAGGGUGCCGUCGAUGUCAAGCCUAAUUCGAGUGAGCUCAGCUACCUGCUGUUCUAUGCCCAGUCGCGAAGGACAAAGAUCCAAAAGAUCGGCAGCUUUUUGGAGAAGAAGACAGCUAGCGAUGUCUAUCGCUUGCGUAUAGGAAACGUACAGGUUACUCUUCAGAUCCUGGCCGCCUUGAUCGAGAAAUCGCCCAAGGACCUACCGCUCAUUGCGCCAUGCGUUCUCAAGAUUCUCGACCAGAUUCUCCGUUCGAGCGAUAUUACCAUGGUUGAAUCGUCAGUGCGAACCUUCGAUGCAUUUUGUGAACACCAUGACGCCUCGUCUCUCCUCGCCGACCAAGCGUACCUGCGGCAAUACGAGGCUGUGGUCCGACAGUAUGCCGCUCUGGCGUCCACUCGGUCGUCUCCGGGCAAAGUACAACCCAGCAAACCCGUGUCGAUGCGGUGGAGGAAUUCGGGGUUGGAGGCUAUAAGGAGUGUCGCCUCUUCUGAUUCCCUAUCUUCCGUCUCCGGCGGCCACUACGACGUGGUGGUCCCCAUGAUAUUGGAGAAUCUGUGGACCGACAACGAAGAGUUCUUGGAGGUAUUGCUCCAUCGGGCUGAAAUGGAAGAGAAGGUUGAUGCUACCCCCUUGCUUAAGAGGAGGACAAGUGUUGCAACGGUGCGAACAGCCGACACUGCUGGCGAUGCGAAUCCGCUUGCGUUCUCGGGAUCCGCUGUGGACGUGGACAAGCUUGCCGAGGAGGACAUCGGCGUGUUGGCGAUGCAAUGCCUAAAGCAGAUAUUUGUCGUCCCGAACCGUUCGCAGAUCCAUGCCGCCACCAUGGCCCUUGUCAGGUUUACCCAAGAGCGCUUGGUCCAGAACGAAACGGUCAUCAAGACGAAUGCAAACAAUGGGAAGGACAGUGGGUGGGCGAUCAAGAUGUUGAAUCUGAUAUCCCGAUGGUCUCCAGUCCAAGACCGAUACACGAUCCUCGUCACCACGUUGGACAUGCUCACAAAGACACCGUUGCUAGACGAGAACUUGCAGCGACAUAUCGUGUUGACAGCGAUGAUCGGGUCUUUAUUAAGAUCAGACGUCAACUUGAUCGGGUUGAGCGUUAUCGACGUCUUGCUACAACUGCUCGCCCACAUGAGGAGGCUUGUCCAGAUGCCAGGAGAUCCCGAUAGCAUGAAGGGCGAUCUGCCCAUGCCCGGUCAGCCUGAUCCCAGAUCGCCUACGACAAUACAAUUCGCCGAGAAGGCCGAAAAGGUCGCAUCGCAGCGUAAGGAGCUGUUGUAUCGCCUACAGCAUUGUAUCGGCGAUUUGGCGACACACGUCUACUACGCGGAUCAGAUCUCGGAUAUUAUUUCCACCAUCCUUUCCAAGUUGAAGCCUUCGCGAUCCAUUGGUACCACCAAUUCCUCCUCCCUUGCCGAGAAAACAGACGGCAAUGGCGGCCCUGCUGGCUCGAUAGCGUCGGUGGAAGACCAGCACUUCGACUCGCUCUUUUCUCUCACUGUUGCGAAGACUGCGGCUCUCAAGGCCAUCAAAUCGGUCUUGUUAGUGGCCAAUCCCCGGACCAAGAUGACCGGGAACGUCAAUCUGUCGAGGAAUCGAGUUCCCAUCCAAGUCUGGGAAGGGACGCAGUGGCUUCUACGCGACCCUGACGGGCUGGUUCGAAAGGCAUAUGCAGAUGCUGUCUUAACCUGGCUAGAUCGAGAGACGACCAAGGCGGAUCUUAAAGCCAAGGACGAGACUGCAGUCCACCAUAAGCGGUCGUCGGCGAGGAGCCGGGAAUUGCUUGGCUCCAGCCCUGGCUGGCGAGCUGCCUCCAAUGCGUCGAUGCGGGACAAGCCAGUGAAGACUCCGCGAUCACACUUCCUAACACUCCUGCACGUUGCAAUCUAUGAAAACGCCGUGCAAUACGUCGACUAUGAGACGGACAUGGUGUUGCUUCACGUCCUGCUUGCUAAAUUGGUCAAGCAGCUCGGGGUCAACGCUGCCCGGUAUGGCUUGCCCAUGAUAUUCCGGCUGCAAGAAGACAUCCAAGAUGCCGAGACACCAAUAGCCAAGGUGCGGAUGGGCAGUUUAUGCCAUGGGUACUUCUGGCUCCUGACCGAUAUUUUCGAUGCCGAAGCAUCAGUUGUCGGGAGGGCAAUCCACAAUGAAAUCAUCCGCCGGCGAAGCAAGCAUUUCUGGAUUGAAGGCAUCCACGUUCCCCCUCCGCUCCUCGAACUCAUUGGCACGCCCGGCAUUGCUAGACCGCAGCCGAGGAUGCCUCUGAAAGAGAUCGAAUCGGAAGCGCUGCUGCCCUUUGACGAUCGGAUCUCUCUCAUCGAAUGUAUCUGCACGAACUACCAGGAGAGCACCAUCUCGCCGCCUGCAAGCCCAGCCACCAGUCCCGGGCGGAGCUUUUCGCACCCCAUCAUGAACUCGACUUUCAGCACCAUCCCUACCAUUGAAACCGAGCACGAGCUCCCGUCUCACCUCCGCGAGCAGAUGCUAUCAGACUGGUCUCGCGAAGCCGUUCUGGCUACUGUCCAGGCAGAGAGCAAGUCCGCUUCGCUGAGCGGCUCGCGGACGACAGGCACCAGUCGCAAUCGUCUUGGGGUCAAUGGGCUGACGGCUGUCAACGGACAUGGUUCGCCAGCAGGAAGUCAGACGAAUCUGCGACCCACCUCGUCGCCAGUUGGCGGCAAUGCGGUGCUAUUAUUUAAUAAACAGCGCAAGUCCAGCAUCCGUAGCAAUGCCUCACCGGCGCCGGAUAGCGCCUCGACGGCUACGGGAGGGCCUGUCACUUCGGUGGAUCAGCUGAAACUCGUCCUGUCCGGCCAGCUACAGCCACCUCCCAAUCGCAUGCACACCGCCGCCGCCGAUCUUCAACAAGAUGACGAGAGCUCCGAUAGCGUGGCUAGCUAUGACAUGACGCCAAGCGAGCUGUCGUUUAACCCGGCGACUGCGGAAAAUGGUACGAGCAUUGGAGAUCAUGCGAAGGUUGUGUCGCACCAGGUGUCUCACGACCCAAGGUCAAGCGGCGAGGGCGGGCCGCUGACCUCGCACCCGACCCACGACAGUGACCAAGGCGAGGAGCAAGAAGCCGCGGCGGAGGUUCCACCAGUCCCACCACUGCCAAGCGGUCUGGAGCGCCAAACGUCGGUGGCGUCGUCGGCGGUUCCGCGGCGGGACCAACCCAUGGCGGCUUCGAGGCCAACAACUUCCAGGCGGACCCUAAAGAGCAGGGGCGGGGAGAGCAUGAAGCCUCCAACGCGAGUAUCCCUCCUCGUCCUCGGCAGCCUCCGACCGCUACCAUCCCGAGCGGCAGCAGCCCCAGCCCUCGGCCGCGUCGCGGCGGCAGCCCUCCACAGCGACGCCCCCCGGCCAGCCAAUGUCGUCCCCGUAUACGGCACCGGGCCCCCUCCGGAGCCGCCCGUGCCGGCCGCCACCGAGCGUGGAGACUACUCGCGCGCCGCGCGCCGGACGAGGCAGGCCGAGAUGCUGCGCCAGGCGAGGGACCUGCGGUCCGCCGCGUCCGCAGCGGCCAGGGCGGCGAAGAGCGGCGGCGCGGCGGCGGCGGGGACUCGGGUGCUGAAGAAGCGGUUCUGGCAGGACGUCCACGUCAGGGAGGUCAACGGCGCCUACGAAGUGCACCUCGACUCCCGAGCCGUGCGCCACCCAACCACCAAGGAAGUCAUCCGCCUACCCCUCAGCAAGCCGCACCUAGCGCACGCCCUCGCCCUAGAGUGGGACCUCCUGACCUCAGCCCAGCAGGGCACAAAGGAGCACCUCGUCCCGCUCACCUCGCUGAUCUGCCGCGCCCUCGACAUCGCCGCCGACGACGCCGCCGCAGCCACCACCUCCCCCCCCUCCCCAGCCUCGAUCCGCGCCUCCAUAACCACAAUGCUCCUCCGCUACCUCGAGACAGACUCCCUCCUCUGCCUCGCCCCGGCCGCCGACCCGUCUGACCCGGCAAGCCCGUCCUCGGCCCUCGACGACCGGGGCCGCUCGCUCCGCGACGUGCAGGAGCAGGCGCUCUCGCGGAUCGGCCCGCACGUCUCGGGGCGCGCCUGGCCCGGCGCGCCCGCCGUCCGGCCCGUCCUCGACGGCGACUCCAUCAUGCCGCGCCGCCACCCGCCCGAGCUGACCGCCGCCGUGCGCGCCUGGGUCGAAGGCCUGGGCCACUGGGAGCUGGCCGCGCUGGAGAGGGCCACGCUCGCGGGCAAGAGCCUGCUCGUCGCCGCGAGGCUGCUCAUCGAGUGGAGCGAGGGGGAGGCCGGGUCCGAGGCCAGGGCGAGGGCCACCGGCGAUGCCGUCUUGGGCGAGGAUGGGGAGGGGGAGGGGAAGGGGAGCUUUGGGGUUGAGGAGGCGGCGAGGGCGGCGAGCAUCGAGGUUGAUUGGCAGAUUGGUAGGUGGGGGGAGGUGGAGGAUACCCAUGAUGUGGAGAGGGAGGAUAUCAGGAGGCAGCUGGGCAGUGUCGUGUUGCUUGUGUCUGGCAAUGGAUCUGCAAAGUCUCGCUCGUAG